AUGGCAGACGGCAACGGUGAAGCGACAACGGCGCCGUCAAGUCCGGCAGGAAAGCAGGUGGCAACAUCAACUAAGCUGUAUCAUCUGUCCGCGGUAGAGGGUCGUCACGACGAGAUGCAGGAUGGCGACCAAACUCCGACCCUUCGCAGACACAGACCCUCUUCGUUGGACAGCCCGUUUUCCUAUAAAGCUUUCAGUCUGCCGGCCUCGGCUCAUGCGUGGACAAAGGCAGAAGCGUGUUAUUUUAUCCCUCACGUGCGCCCAAAUUUGGGGCCGUUAAUCGGUCUUGUUUUGAUGCGAAACACUCUGUCGGUUCAUGUGGGCCGCCCGGCUUGUUUACUUGUCCCACUGCGGCAUGUGCACACGCUUCAAGUGCAGCCCGACUGUACAGUCAGCCUCACCGGCCUCUCGUCCGCCGAGAGCGAGUACACCCACGAGACCCACACCCAGACCCACACCCAGACCCAGGCUCAGGCUCAGGCUCGGGUUCUACUACUUUGUCUGUCUGUCAAUUGUCUGAAGCCCCGCCAACUUGUUGGCUUGAUUGAUUGCACCGAAAACCGCCUGGCGACCGACCUGUGCCGGUUCGAGACGGCCUUUUCGCCCGACACCGGCUUCAUGCCCAGUUAG